AUUUUAUGAAACUUUCUCUUUCGCUACCAAGAUGUAUCCAUCUAUGCCCAGGCCCAAAAUUUUCGGUUUUGGUUAUGGCUGCCUAGAGGUUUCUUUGGCUUGAAGGAUUAUAUACAAAGCGUUGAUAUUGAAUUUGGCUAGACAUGGGAAAGAGAAUUAGGGAUAAAGAGGGUGCAAUAUCUAAUGGAAUCAAUAGUCAUCAAAGUCAUGAAACUCAUCCAGGAAGAGUAUGGGGAAUUCUUCAUAUUAUAAAGUAUCAUCAUUGGCGUCAUGUCAAGAGAAGGCUUACACAUAGAAGGCAUAGUGGUGGAAGUCCUGAAGCAAGAGAUGAAAUUCCAGGAACUUCUGAUGAUUCUGGGGUUGAUAACAUGGCAGUAGUUUUAAAGCCAAAUACAAAUUUACCUAAUGUUGAAGAAAAGAUGGUACAGUCCACUCCACAUGAAAAACAAUCUAUAAAAUCAAAAAUAAAAGCACUUCUUAAUGAGGAUAAAUACAAAAAGAAGGGUAGACACAAGAGAAGCUCAACCUGCCCAACAAAAUCACAGCUAACUCGCGUAAAUUCAGUUCACCACUUAGAGGUUGAUCCACUUAGUGAGAUGUUGUUAACAGUUGAGAAUCCUGAACCAGUUAUUGAAACUUUUCAAAACCACCUCGCCGCAGGCACAUUGGAUGUGUUGUCACCUGUUUUCUCAGGGAGGAAACCGAUCAGUUACAAUGACAAAUGUGUCGAGUGUGGUGAAAUGUUUUCUAGUGAGUCUUUGGAAGAUGAAAAGAUUCAUAAGCAUCAUAGUUCAUGGACUGAUACAAAAAACUUGAGUUCUUCUAGUGAAAGUUUACCAGAAGAAAAGUUGAUGAAUGCCAAAAUAUUUACAACCGAUGCUUCACCGCAUCUUUUCAAGGAUUUUCUUGAUGCUCUUGAUGUGAUAAACACAAACAAGGACUUUCUAUUGAAAUAUAUAAAUGAUCCUGGUUCUCCUUUGCCAUUCCAAAUUCAUAAUCAACAACACUCUCUCAAUAGUAAAUCGAGACGAGCCAACUCGAUCUCGUUACCUGUUUGUGGUUCAUCAUCAGGAACCAAAGAUUCUGAGAUAGGACAAGAGAUAAACCAAAUGGUAGAUGAUUUUUUCAUUACAAAAGGGGAGAUACAGUCACAAACUCCAAAUGUAUCCAUGUUUGAGCCUUUAGGAGAUUUUUACAAACCAUCAACUUCUUCAUUACAUAAAGUUGAUCAAGAAUUGGUUGAAAGAGACCGUAACAUUUCAUCAGAAUCAUCCCAGGUAGCCAACAGUGUAAAGACUAAAAACUUCAAGGAUCUUAGAAAGAAAAUAAAACAUAUAAUCGAAGAAAGCAAAAAUGAAAAGCGUCGCAUUUCCAUGGAUGGUAUAAUUGACAAAAUUCCUCGCGGAAACAAAUUUGCCAAAAAUGUAAGGAAGUUGAUCCAUGAACAAUCUAAAGUACCUAAUGGAGAAGGAAAAGACAGUGGCAGCACAAGCGGUUACCGUAAUCGCCUUUCGUCUUACUGGAACAAUAAGAGACAACUAUCAAGUAUGAGGACUUCAUCACUAAAAGAAUCAGUUAAUAGAUAUUCUCAGCUUUAUGAGACUUGUUGUCACAAUGAAGUUAGCAAUGAAGUCAAGCACCCUAAGACUGAGAGCUUAAGAUUGAAAACAGAUGAUAGAUGUUCAAUAAUAAAGACACCAAAAUCCAUUAAAAGGUUUCUCUCAUUGCCUAAUAUAAAAUCUCACUUCAACCAAAUUGAGGAACCUUCUGUUCUUUUAUCUCCUCAAAAUUCAAUUAGAAAACCAGAAGAUAGAACCAUAAACAAAAGUAUAACUGAUCAGAAAAUUCUGUCACCUACACUUUCUGAUCAUGAAAAUGAAGAAAGCAUUUUGAAUGAUGACCAAAAAGAAGCUCUUGUUAGGAGUGUUUCCGAAUCAGAAUCAGAUGUUAAUGAUGAGAUAAAAACAGAAAAUAGCAUAGGAUUUGAUGAUUUAGAAAACUUGAGAGACAACGAAUGUGGUGCUUACAAUGAACAGGACAUUGGAUAUACAACAGAAUCUAGUACAUUGUUGGUUGAAGCAAACUCAGCCUUCUCUUCUGACACAAGCUUCUUAGAUUGUACAUUUGAGUUGGAAAACUUAAAUGUAUUGGAAGAAUCAGAUCAAGAAUUGAAGCUAGAUCCAUCUUAUUAUGAAUUCAAUACUAUGAUUGAGAAACAAGAGCCUAAACUGGACCACUCUGAGAUAAUUGAUAUUGGAGAGAGUUUUCUGAAAUUUGGAUAUGAAAUUCCAUGCAUGGAAGUUCAUGAAAGUAAUGAAGCUGCAUUUAAUUAUGUUAAAAAAGUCUUAGAACUCUCAGGUUUCACUAGCCAUGAAUCUUUUGGAUUAUGGUAUUCUGAUAAACAACCACUUGAUCCAUCAGUUUAUGAAGAAUUAGAGGGAUGUUUACUUCUUGAUCCUGAUUGUUCUGGUAAUUGUGAUGAAGGUGGACAUUGUAAUCAUCUUCUUCUAUUUGAUAUAGUUAAUGAAGGAUUGUUGGAGAUUUUUGGAAGAUCAUACAGUUAUUAUCCUAGACCUUUGUCUUCUCUAUCUUAUGUUCAUCCAUUGCCAAGUGGAGGAGAUAAUGUUCUCCAAAAAGUAUGGAAACUUAUUAGUUGGUAUCUUAAUUCAACUUCUGAGCCUUAUCCAUCAUUGGAUUACUAUGUUAGUAAGGAUCUAGCAAAAAAUGAUGGGUGGAUGAAUCUCCAAUUUGAUUCUGAAUGUGUUGGCCUUGAGCUAGAUGAUUUGAUUCUUGAUGAUCUCUUGGAGGAAAUUAUCUACUCUUAAGUACGUUAUGGUAAUAAUUUUCUAUCAUCAUAUUUUACUGCAUAUUAUAAGGCCAAAUUUUGAUGUAAGAAUUUUUUAAGAGUUAAUGUAGCUUUUAGUGUUUGUUUAUUUUUCCUAGGCUUAAUUCCUUUUAAAAGAUAAUUUUUCAAGGAAAUGUAUCUCUCUAUGUUAAUCAUGCUUAUUGUACAAA